CAUCUACCAGUACACAUACCACACAUACCACACAUACCACACAUACCACACAUACCACACAUACCACACAUACCACAUAUCCUUCUCCAACAUCCAAUUUGGUGGUUCGAAUCUAUACCUAUUCUCCAUUUGAAAGACGACCCCAAAGAUCGAUACAUUCUAUACCCAUAAUAAUUCCAUUUAUUCCAUUACACACAACAAAACAAUGGCUUGGGGAUCUUCAUCAACGUCCCCUCCACCACCCCGCUCUGCUUUAAGCAAGCUGCUCCCUCUCCUCAUCUUCCUCAUCAUCCUCGGCGCAUUUGCAUUCGUCGCCUACCAAGUCUAUCUCGUCACGCAACAAGUCUCGAAAUCUGCCUCAGACAAAAUGGCGUCCAAGAAUGUUUCGUUUACCAAAGACGGCGUCAAAGUUGGAGUGAAAGAGUUGAAAAAUGAAAAUUACGUGGAUAAAACCCAAGGCUUCUUGGUUAAGGCUUGGAAUCUAAGUACAUGGCCUGCGUAUCAAUCAAGAUUGGGCUGGAAUAGCCCCAAGGACAAUGGAAAUGGCGGGAAAGUAGAAUCUAGGAAACCAUAUUCUCGCUCCUCAUCCAACAGAUAAAUUAAGCCCCCUUCGGCGCAAGUCUCGCUAAUAUCCCAAAUCUAUUUCUUCACAUUUUGUAUUAUCGUAUUCGUUUUCAAAUUCCUCACUACUAGAUUCUCUGAACCAAACCAGAGAAUACUCUCCAAUAGUCGUUCAGCUGCGCAAAGCAUGAAACCUUGGGAAAGGAUCGAUGGAUGGGGCAUUCAUCGAUACUUCUAUAUUACAGAUCUACAGUACUCGCUCAUCUUCCAACUCCGGUUGCCGGGCUGGGUUGAAAGGGUAGAGGUCAUCUGAAGCUCCAGACCACCAUUACUUGUAAUUGCGCAAACGUUGGAUUUACGGAACACAUGGGUGUUGAUCAGAUGUUUCCAUUUUCAUUUUCAUUGGGAUUCUCAUAUACCUAUCUGGCAUUUCAUUUCAUCUCGCUCUCUUCACCGGUUCACGAAUACUGAUUUUACGACGACACGUAUGAGUGUUUCCUCAUGGAGCCUCUUCAUAGAAGGGUUAUGAUACUAGAUAUAUAGCAAAGCUAUACAAAUUCCAUACUCAUUCUGAAAUCAGAAUCUCACACCCUCCUCAUCUCGCGUAAAAUUUGAGAAGUGAACAUGGAUAGUCGCAAUGUCAUUCAUUCGUAAAGUUUUCCCAGUCAAAUAAUACCCAAACUCCCCAAGAAAAUGCAAACUACAAGUCGACAUUCAAAAGCCUAUCUAGAUAUCGAAUCAACAACCUUCUUCUGAACCCUGAAUGAAUGCAUUCAGAGAGUCGGGAAUGAU